AUGUCCGUUGUUCCACAAGAAUAUUCAACAGUUUUAAACCAGUUGUUGGAGAAUUUAUUGUCAUCAGACAAUUCUACCAGAGCAGCUGCUGAAAAGUCACUUGAACAGGAUUGGAGUGCAAGGGCCAAUGUGGAAGUAUUAUUGGUCUUUUUGGCUGAACAAGCCUGUCAAGGUAAUAAUGAUACUAUUCGAGCAUUUGCCUCCGUCAUGUUCAGACGUAUUGCCAUCAAAUCACCAAAGGAGUUAUCAAGUGUUACUGAUAGAACUAUUGGGGUUAUUAGUGAGCCUGUUAGACAACAAAUUAGAAGCAUUUUAUUGUCUGGAUUCACUGCUCCCCAAUCAAACCAAGUGAGACACAAGCUUUCGGACGCAAUCUCCGAAGUAUCAAAAGAAGAUGCAUCCCCACCAGGUUCUUGGACUGAAUUAAUUCCUGCAUUGUUUGAAGCUACAAGAAAUCCGGAUCCAAGUUUUCGUGAGUCCGCCUUCAGAGUCUUUUCUGCUUCUCCUGAAUUGAUAGACAAAUCUUAUAUUGAUGAUGUUUUACCUGUUUAUAAUGCUGGGUUUGAGGAUGAAAAUGAUGAUGUCCGUAUCGCGGCAUGCACUGCAUUUGUUGCUUUCUUUAGAGAGCUCCCUAAGAAAACUUGGAAGUCUUUGUCCCCAUUAUUGCCAAACUUGUUGAAUUCAUUGCCUCGAUUUUUGCAAAACGGACAAGAUCAAGCAUUGGCCUCUGUUUUAGAAGCUUUGAUAGACUUGGUUGAAUUGGCCCCAAAGAUGUUCAAGGAUAUGUUUCCUACUAUUAUAGAGUUUUGUUCUGCUGUUGCUAAAAACAAGGAGUUGGAGUUGAACACAAGAAUGGCUGCCUUGGAGUUACUCAGUACUUUUGCUGAAGUUUCACCUGCAAUGUGUAAACUUACUCCAUCAUAUACGGAACAAAUGGUUCUUCUCACAUUGUCCAUGUUGACAGAAGUUUGUAUUGACGACGAUGAUGCAGCUGAAUGGAACAACAAUGAUGACAGUGAGGACGAGGAUGAUGAACCUGAAUAUGGUGCGGCAAGACAAGCAUUGGAUAGAGUUGCCUUAAAGUUGAAUGGACAAGCAUUAGCAGGUCCAUUGUUCCAAUACUUGCCAUCAAUGGUUCAAUCCAAUAAUUGGAGAGAACGUCAAGCUGCACUCAUGGCACUUUCUUCAGCCGCCGAAGGGUGCUCAGAUGUAUUGAUCAACGAAAUUCCAAAGAUUUUGGACAUGAUUUUGCCAACCUUGGACGAUGAACACCCUAGAGUUCAAUAUGCAUGUUGUAAUGCAUUGGGUCAAAUGUCUACAGAUUUUGCUGACUUGAUCCAAAGAACUUCUGCUCACAGAAUUUUACCAGCUUUGAUUUCUAAAUUAACAAACAAAUCUGUUCCUCGUGUUCAAGCUCAUGCUGCUGCUGCUUUGGUCAAUUUUUCUGAAGCUGCAUCCAAGGAAAUUUUAGAACCAUAUUUAGAUGAUUUGUUGAAUAACCUUUUGGUGUUAUUGCAGUCACCAAAAAGAUAUGUCCAAGAACAAGUUUUGACAACUAUUGCUAUUAUCGCUGAUGCUGCACAGAAAACUUUCAUCAAGUACUAUGAUACUUUAAUGCCUUUGUUGGUUAAUGUUUUGCAAACUGAUGUUGGGGAUGAAAACAAAUUGUUAAAGGCAAAAUGUAUUGAAUGUUCUACUUUGAUUGCUUUGGCUGUUGGAAAAGAAAAGUUUCAGCCUCACAGUCAACAAUUGAUCCAGUUAUUUGGACAUAUCCAACAGAGUACCACUGAUGAUGAUGAUACUGUUAAACAGUAUUUAGAGCAAGCAUGGGGUAGAAUCUGUAAGAUUUUGGGCAAAGAUUUUUUGCCUUACUUGCCAUCUGUUUUGCCUCCUUUGAUGGUGACUGCCAAAGCAUCUCAAGAUAUUUCCUUAUUGGAAGAAGAUGAUGCAGAAGAGCUCAAAAUGAAUGAAGAAUGGGAUGUCAUUAACUUGUCAGGUAAAUGGAUUGGUGUCCACUCUGCUGCCUUGGACGAAAAAGUCACCGCAAUGGACCUUCUUAGAACUUAUGCCAUCCAAUUAAAGGAAGACUUCCAGCCUUGGGUCAAGGAAAUUGCCGAAGACAUUGCCAUUCCUGGGUUAGGUUUUUACUUGCAUGAUGGUGUACGUGGUUCUGCAGCAUUGACUUUGGCCUCAUUACUUAGGUGUUCAAUUGCUGCUACUGGUAAUAAUUCAACCGAAACCCUUACCUUGUGGUCAAAAAUAUGUGAAAACAUAUCUGAAGUGUUGGGAACAGAACCUGUUCCAGAAUUACUCGUUGCAUAUUACACAGCAUUGGUAGAAUCUAUCAACAGCUUAGCUCCUGGUGCCAUUUCCAAUGUCCAAUUGCUGGCAUUGGCAAAAGCAAUGCUUACAAACAUGGUUGAAAUACAUGACAGAAUCAAGGUUCGUGACAAUGACGAAGACGAAUAUACUGAAGACGUUGAGGAGGAUGAGGAAGAAUACACGGAUGAAGAAUUGCUUGAUGAAAUCAAUAAGGCAAUUUCCGCCAUCUUCAAGAAUGUUAAAUCCAACUUUCUUGAAAGCUUCCAACAGUUGGCACCUACUGUUUCAUUGUUCCUUAAUGAUGAAAAUACCACUCUCAAACUUUGUGGUUUGUGUAUUGUAUGUGACAUUCUUGAACAUUGUGGACCUAAUUCAACAGUGUAUAAGGACAUGUUCUUGGGCGUUAUUGCCAGCUCUGUAACUUCUCCACAUGCUGGAAUCCGUCAAGCAAGUAGCUAUUCUGUGGGGAUGGCAGCUCAAUUUGGAGGUGAUGCUUAUGCUGAAUUCUGUCUUUCCUGUCUAGAACCUAUGUUUAAGAUGGCAGUUGUUCCUGAUGCAAGAGCAGAUGAAAAUGUUCAUGCUACAGAAAAUUCUGUUUCGGCCAUAGCCAAGGUUUGUCAUAGAUUUGCCAACUCCGUUCCAAACUUACCCGCUGUCAUUGACCAGUGGAUCGCAUUAUUGCCAAUCACUCAAGAUGAAACUGCUGCUCCAUUUGCAUAUAUGUUUUUGAGUGAACUUAUUGACAGCAACCAUCCAUCUAUCACCAAACAAAUUCCAAAAGUGGUUGAUUCUGUUAUCCAGGCGUUAGCACACGGAUCGAUUUCUGGAACUACUGCACAAAAGAUUGUUGCUUCUACACGAGCAUUGUUAGGGUCAAUUCCUCAUGCCGAUGCAUUGGCUUUAUUGCAAAGAAACCCAUCCGAUUUGGAUGUUGUUCAAAAGUAUUUUAGUUAA